AUGGCUAAAAGUAUAUUAAAAGGCACGUUGCAGAAAGAAGAGCAGAACGGGGCGGAAAGAUCUAUACUCGACGAAUUACGGUUUCGAUUGCGCAAGGCGUAUUUUCGGUGCGCGAAAGCGUCCGAGAAGAGAAAGGACUUCGAUGGCGCAUGCGAGUUGUAUUUAAACGCGUUAGAAGUCGCGUCCCCGAAGAAAGAGAACAGCAAUAAAAACACGAAUCACCUCUCCGAGGCUCUCGCAGCACUCGUCGCUCGAGAUCAAGUUUCCAUCAAGUUCAUUUGCGACGAUUACGCCCGGCGCAUCUUUGACGCCGAAACGCCAAAUCCGUUGACAUUUUCGCGAGAUGGGAAGGGAUUAACGUUGAUUCGUCCGGAAAGCGCGAGGAUGUCGAAGAAACGUGUCAGCUCGUUACUGCUUGAAUACUCGGUGGGUGAAGAGAAACGCGUGCGAGACGAGUGGUUAAAGUUUACAUCUUUACGCAACGGGGUCGAAUCCUCCGUAUUCCAACUAAACUCAUCAACUUCUGCGAAGUUUACGAAGAGCAAACGAAAAUCAAUCGCGCGUGGAUUUUUGUCCGGCAUUCGCGCUAGAGCGUAUUUACGCGCCGAUAAUGUCAUACAAGCCGCAAAAGACGUCAAAGCGGCCACGUACAUGUGCAAAGACGUCAUCGCGUUCGGCGGCGCUUUUCAUUACGAACGCGCUUUGUGUUGCGACCGUUUACUCGUCGAAGAAAACAUCACGCGAACGGAAAUCGCGCAAGGCGGCGAAGAAGGUAUAGGACACGAAAACGAUAACUUGGUCGUCGAGAGUCAAGUUGCGUGCGCACUUUUUGCCAAACGCGCGUUGGAAACCGAAGAAGCGUUGUCGUUGAAAGAGAAAGAAGAAGAAGAAGAUAACGAGAAGACGCCUUCCUCCUCUAUGUCUUUCUCGACGACGCGCGCUCGCGCCAUCCAAAUCUACCAAUCGUACUCGGACAAAAUGCAAGCUCGAUUAACCGAUCCAGUCAAAGCUGCGUUACGAAAGGGCUCUGUCUUCGCUUUAACCUUUUUGGACAAAGAUAAGUGGGAAAACGAAGUCCCGGAAUACAUGCGCCCGAAACCGAAAUAUUUCUACUAUUACGAGUGGAUGAAAGACCGCAUCAAAGAGUAUUACCCGGAACUACCUCAAUGCGUAUUGGAUAAACUGUUAUCCUUGGACGGCGCCGAACUCGAUUUAUUGUUACAACACCCGCAAGCAAUCCGAGGCCAAACCGAAGAAUUUCUGCAAGUUCUCGAUGAAAAAGGCGAAAAGUUUCUCGAGACGUACAAAACGCCCCAACUCUCCUGGGAAGAAGUCCAAGCGUUGCGCGUAUCCGAAGCGAAGAAGAAAAAGUUACUCGAGAACCAACAAAACGACGACUCUGAUUACUCCGAAGAGGAAGAUACCGACCACGCCAUGAUAGGUGCCUCCGGCGACGACGGUUUAACUAAGGCCGAAAAACUCGGUAAACCCAUCCUCCCUCUCUUACCUCCCGAUCAAAGAAGAGAGAAGGCGAAGCUCGACGCGUUGAAAAGAGAUAUGGCGAAGGACAGUCAGAAACUUCUCCAACAAAAUACUACUCGAAAAGGAGGAAGAGUAGAGGAUAUAUCAGAUUUUCAAAACGAAAACGAGGAGCCUACGACUAAAACUGCUGGAGGAGUGUUGUUAGACGCCAUGGACUGA